CAUACGGGGACGAAUGCUCAGUCGUCCACGAUCUUUUCUUUGGUGCGCUACUUACCAUUGUAUAACAGCCUUAGCCUGGCUCGCAACUGGCUAGGCCUAAGGUCUAUUAUAUAAUCGCACUAUUAUUCUAUAGAAACUUUUUGUUUAAUUUUGGAAAGUUUAGUGGUGUUUAACGGUGCCUGAGAUAUAGUGCCUUCCGGACGGUAACUGCCGGUUACUAGCUAAUUCACCAUGGAGGACGGCCAUUGCAAGUCCGUCGAAGAAGUGCUAUCAUACUUCCGAGUGGAUCCCGAAAAAGGUCUCAGCCCUGAUCAGGUUAAGGAAUAUCAGAAAAAAUACGGCCUCAAUGAGCUUCCAGCUGAAGAGGGUAAAACAAUCUGGCAAUUAGUCCUGGAACAGUUUGAUGAUCUGUUAGUUAAGAUUCUCCUGUUAGCUGCUAUUAUUUCCUUUGUCCUCGCCCUUUUUGAAGAGCAUGAAGGCGUUGAAGCCUUCGUGGAACCCUUUGUCAUCCUGCUUAUCCUGAUCGCCAAUGCUUGCGUCGGUGUGUGGCAGGAACGUAAUGCCGAAUCCGCCAUCGAAGCCCUGAAGGAAUACGAGCCCGAGAUGGGCAAGGUGGUCCGAGCCGACAAGAGCGGUGUGCAGAAGCUGCGCGCCAAGGAAAUCGUGCCCGGCGAUAUCGUUGAGGUGUCGGUCGGCGACAAGAUUCCGGCCGAUAUCCGUCUGAUCAAGAUCUAUUCCACCACCAUCCGUAUCGAUCAGUCCAUCCUGACCGGUGAGUCGGUUUCUAUCAUCAAGCAUACCGACCCGGUACCAGAUCCCCGUGCUGUCAACCAGGACAAGAAAAAUAUUCUCUUCUCCGGUACUAACGUGUCUGCCGGUAAGGCCCGCGGUGUUGUCAUUGGAACCGGUCUGGCUACCGCCAUCGGUAAAAUCCGUACUGAGAUCUCGGAAACUGAAGAAAUCAAGACCCCCCUGCAGCAGAAAUUGGAUGAAUUCGGUGAGCAGCUGUCCAAGGUUAUCUCGCUGAUCUGUAUCGCUGUCUGGGCUAUCAACAUUGGGCACUUCAACGAUCCAGCUCACGGUGGCUCGUGGAUCAAGGGUGCUGUGUAUUAUUUCAAGAUUGCUGUCGCACUGGCUGUUGCUGCCAUUCCAGAAGGUCUGCCAGCUGUCAUCACCACUUGUUUGGCUCUGGGUACUCGCCGUAUGGCCAAAAAGAACGCCAUUGUCCGAUCGUUGCCAUCUGUUGAAACUCUGGGUUGUACCUCCGUCAUCUGCUCUGAUAAGACUGGUACACUGACCACUAACCAGAUGUCCGUCUCGCGUAUGUUCAUUUUCGAUAAGGUUGAGGGCAGUGACAGCAGCUUCACUGAAUUCGAAAUUUCCGGCUCUACCUACGAACCAAUCGGUGAAGUCACCCUUGGUGGACAGAGGAUUAAGGCUGCUGAUUACGAAACUCUGCAGGAACUGGGUACCAUCUGCAUUAUGUGUAACGACUCCGCUAUUGAUUUCAAUGAAGUCAAGAAAGUUUUCGAGAAGGUCGGUGAAGCUACCGAAACCGCGCUUAUUGUCCUGGCUGAGAAAAUGAAUCCAUUCAACGUCGCCAAGCAGGGUCUUGACCGUCGUUCUUCUGCCAUUUGUGUCCGCCAGGAAAUUGAAACCAAGUGGAAGAAAGAAUUUACUCUGGAGUUCUCUCGCGAUCGUAAAUCUAUGUCCAGCUACUGUAUUCCACUGAAGGCAUCUAAGCUUGGAAACGGCCCGAAAUUGUUCUGUAAGGGUGCCCCAGAAGGUGUCCUAGAUCGUUGCACACAUGCUCGUGUUGGAGGCACAAAGGUUCCACUGACCUCAACUCUGAAGAACCGCAUUUUGGAUCUCACCCGCCAGUACGGUACUGGACGCGAUACCCUCCGUUGUCUGGCUCUGGCCACCGCUGAUAACCCAAUGAAACCGGAUGAUAUGGAUCUGAAUGAUUCCACCAAGUUCUACACUUAUGAAGUUAAUCUUACCUUCGUCGGCGUUGUUGGUAUGCUUGAUCCCCCACGUAAGGAAGUUUUCGAUUCGAUCGUCCGUUGCCGUGCUGCUGGUAUUCGUGUUAUUGUCAUCACUGGUGAUAACAAGGCUACUGCUGAGGCUAUCUGCCGUCGUAUCGGUGUGUUCAAAGAGGAUGAGGAUACUACCGGCAAAUCCUACUCCGGUCGUGAAUUCGAUGAUCUGCCAGUUAGUGAACAGCGUGACGCUUGCGCUCGUGCUCGUUUAUUCUCGCGUGUCGAACCCGCUCACAAAUCCAAGAUCGUUGAAUACUUGCAAAGCAUGAACGAGAUCUCCGCUAUGACUGGUGACGGUGUGAAUGACGCCCCUGCUCUGAAGAAGGCUGAAAUUGGUAUUGCUAUGGGUUCGGGUACCGCUGUAGCAAAAUCCGCCUCCGAGAUGGUGUUGGCUGAUGAUAACUUCUCCUCAAUUGUUGCUGCCGUUGAAGAAGGUCGUGCCAUCUACAACAACAUGAAGCAGUUCAUCCGUUAUCUGAUCUCGUCCAACAUCGGUGAGGUCGUGUCCAUCUUCUUGACUGCCGCUUUGGGUAUGCCAGAAGCUCUGAUCCCAGUUCAGCUGCUGUGGGUCAACUUGGUUACUGAUGGUCUCCCAGCUACUGCCCUCGGUUUCAACCCGCCCGAUCUCGAUAUUAUGGAGAAACCACCACGCAAGGCUGAUGAAGGUCUCAUCUCCGGCUGGCUGUUCUUCCGUUACAUGGCAAUUGGUGGUUAUGUCGGUGCCGCUACGGUCGGCGGUGCCGCCUGGUGGUUCAUGUUCUCCGAGCACGGCCCACAGCUUAGCUACUGGCAGUUGACUCACCAUCUGUCCUGCAUUGGUGGUGGAGACGAGUUCAAGGGAAUCGACUGCAAGCUCUUCACCGAUCCGCAUCCGAUGACGAUGGCUCUGUCCGUUCUGGUUACCAUUGAGAUGUUGAACGCCAUGAACAGCUUGUCUGAGAAUCAGUCGCUGGUCACCAUGCCACCGUGGUGCAAUUUGUGGCUCAUUGCCUCCAUGUGCCUGUCGUUCGCCCUGCACUUCGUCAUCCUCUAUGUUGACGUCCUUUCGUCCGUAUUCCAGGUGACCCCGCUGAACAUCGACGAAUGGAUAACAGUGAUGAAGUUCUCGCUACCGGUGGUACUGCUCGAUGAAAUUCUCAAGUUCGCCGCUAGAAGGAUCUGUGACGCCAACCCCGAUUUCCACUAAGUCACCACACAAGUUUCCUAUUGUUUCAUCAAAAUCUACUACUCAUCACAGCAUCCAAAACCCUAAAACCAAAAACAAACACCAACCAAGUUCACCAUGCUUCAAUCCAACCAUCCUGCCCCGACGGUGCUGUGCCAGAGUUUGGGCCAAUGAAAGGCGCACUUCCGACCUACGAUAAUGGCAAAGUAUUCGACGGCCAGGUAGAACGUAUUUAUUUCCUUUCGGCGAACGACCGAUGAAUAGAGAGGACCAUAACCGUGGAAAUAAAACCAAAACCGGAAUCUGCCCUGGCCGAACCAUACUCGGAUCACAAACCUAAGCUUCCCUUUUGUGCCAUCGUAAUCUCAUCAAAUCGAUCCUGUGUUUGUUUUGUUGUUAUUGUCAUUAUUCAGUACUGUGUCCACGCCAUCCUGAACUGUCAUCAAAUAUUCACCAAUACUUCCCCCCUGGAAGAACCAACCAAUAAUGUACCAUCGAGUACAGAGAGCGUGAUCAACAAUAAACCCAACCUUCAUCCCUGCUUACAUUUGAAGAGACAGCCUUUUAGUUGAUACGACGCAUUAUCGGCAUUUUAGAGUUAUAUCGAAUGAUUUUGUGAGUGAUGUAAUUCUAAUAAGCCGAAGUACACCAAGAAAUCAACCACCGAAGUUAUUAAGACCUGGGAAUAAGCUAGUAGCCUACUACUACAAAUCGACACAGUGAAAAGUUUCUUACAGCAUGAUUCAACGUAAUAAUGCCAUACAAUACAAUGCGAAACAAUAAAAAUCAAUUAGAAAUAAUAGAAAUAUCGUUAUUUGUUAAACCUAGGGAAGAUCACUGGCAUCGACUUCUUCCAAUCUGAUAGGAAGUAUUAAACCAAUACGAAGUAGUAGUCACAAUAACCGAUUCAGCAGCAAUCGUUCAGAAUGACAGAAGAGCUUUCAUUUCCUUUCCUCGAUUUACUUAAGAACAAAUUCGAAUUAUACCGAAUAGUGAGCGUGUUCCAAAAAAAAAAAAAAAUAAUACAAAACAGUUUUGCCGAUGUUUUCUUAAUAAUUCAUUGAGAUCAUGAGCGAGGAACGAUAUGCAGAUCCUUUUGGGGUAGAAUAGAACAUUUCUGAACAGCGACUUUUUACCUUUUUCUAGUGAAAACGAACAAUUGAAGACAUUUUCUCUCGUUUAAUACAUUUAAGUUUCGAUAUUGUUCUGUUCGUCAGUUUCACGAAUGAAUAUUUUCAGUUAACUAUGCGUUCUGUAGUCUUUCGUUUCACUGUAUAGUUAUUUCAAUUUAGUUAAAUUUUUAUUUUUUUUUUUGAACAUGAGACAACAUUGUAAAUAAGUUAAUAAAAUAAAGUGAACAAGUUUGAAAAGAGAGACAUCAUCUUCUUGUUGAGUGGUAGUCAUCGAAAUUAAACUUAAAAGGUUAGAUAAUUUACAAAAAACUUAAUUUAACAAAAGCAGAAAACCAUUGUGUGACGUUGACCGCCAUCUUUAAUUUUAUGUCAUUUCAUCUUUGUUUAAAAAAGUUAAAGUUUCACGAAAAAAUAAAUAAAAAUCGUUAAAACCA